AGGGUAUUUAUUAAGUACAUUUGUAUUUUUCCAGAAAAGUGCAAGGGAGUUGUACUCCAGUCUAGUAGGUGGCGGUAAUGCAACAAAUUGGAUGCCAACCACCGUUAAACCUCAUAGAAGAAGAAUUUUCACAGCGCGAGAGUGUUGUAAACUAAAAUGGCUGCGCAGUGGGGAGCAGGCGAUGAGAUUUUAGCUGCCUGCAACAUGGAAUUUUUCUCUACAAAUACACUAGACGAGGUGGUGGAUCUCCACGGGGGCCUGUCCAGUGAAAGCCUGGCCAGACUGGAGCUGGAUACAGGAGAGGCCCUGGAGGCCCUCCACUGCUUUGGCUUGGACCCCUCCAUUCUGUCCAUCUUUGAGGACACACCCUCAGGAGAGAAUACAUUUGGACUUGAUGAGGUGAACCAGGCUACGCUGCUCACAGCUUUGACGGAGAUCCUGGAUAACGUGGACAAUGAGAACAUAUCACACUUUGACACACUGUCAGACUCAGACCUACUGUCUGGCCAGAAACGUCGGGAACACUCUCCGCUGAGGAGAAUGCUGUGCUUGUCCUGCUCGCCUCCAGAGAGAGAGAGAGACUGCAACACACGCCAGUUCUCCACAGGAAAGAGUCUCCCCAGGACACAGAAGUCCGUCCAGAGGAGUGAUGGAGAGGAGGAAGAGGAUGGAGAGCAAGAGUUCCUGAACUGGGAUGGCCUGAACCUGCCUCUCCCACUGGCUCUGGAGCAGCACAUGGAGGAAGAAGGCGAGGAUGGAGAAAGCAUGUCAGUGAGUCUCGGAGAGCUGGUCAGACAUAUGCACCCUUGCUGCAUGGCCGUGUGCAUGGAGAAUGGAGAAGGGGAAGAACAGAUGCUGGCAGAGAAAAGGAUACUGCUGGAGGUGGUGGACCAGGGAGCACAUCGAGAAUCUAUAUUUGCCCUCCCAGAUAUGGGCCUCUCCCUCUGUCAUCCCUCUUUCUUCCUGCCUGGAGUAGAAGACUCGUCCGAAGCGGAGCAAAGGGUUCCAGAUGAAGUUUUGGAGGCCACCCUUUUGGAGACGCCAGAGUCUGCGAAUGAUAAUGUCGUAGUUGAGGAUGACCCAGCAGAGGUGGCCGGCCCUUCUGACCCCGCGGUGACCCUGAGGUCAGAGGCAAGGGGUGAGAAGGUCAUCAACAGGAGACCAAAGGAGGAGACUGCAGAGAGAUGUCUGUCUCGUAGGAAAAGGAAACGGAAAAACAAAAUGGAGAAUUCACCUCCAAAAGUCACACAUGAACCUGACCAGGCAGAGGGGAGAGUCCUGAGGAGAGUAGCCCAGGAAUCCUCGCCCCUCGAGCCUGUCAAGGAGACAACCAAACCAAAGAAAAAGGACAAGAACACGUCAUUAACUUCCGCCAUUUCUACGGCCACCCCCGAGGCCCCAAAACACAAAACGAGUGCGACACAUGCCGCCGAAACACAACGCCAUGUGGAAGUCACCACCCUAGUACUGCCCACACAACCCAGCAUUAAGGUCAUCCCCGCCUCUGACCUGUUGCCAAUGACUAUGACCCCCGAGAAGGUCUCCCAACCAACCACAGCCUGCAGGAAGCCUCAAGGCCCCCCAGCUUCUACAGCUAACCCAACUGCCCACCAGAUGAUGGAAGACUCCAAAGCAAUGACAAUUAAAGCUCACAGUGCCAACCCUGUAUCAGUGGCCCCUCAGCCAAUGAUACAGCUCAACGUUGCCCCUCUAGUGGCCCCCAGGCGAUCCCACAGCCCAUUGAGGCCCCUCAGGCUAGAACCCAAACCCAAGCCCCUGUCCCUCCAGCAGUACCGGCUGCUGCGCCAGCAGAAGAAACUUGCCCCCCUAGAGAGACUGGUGGACCAGAGCGUCAAGUGGCCCAUCCUCCUUGAGGCCCCUACAGAGCUGCCCCCCAUCCCCUGCCUUCCCACCCCCUCCAGAGGCCCCCACCCCUCCCUGGGGAAGAAUGAUAUGGAGGAAGUGAAAGCUGCCUGGCAGCCCAUGGGGCCAGGAGCACCUCCUACACCUGAAGCCCUGCUGGUGCAUCCUACUUACAUGCAGUCCCCCAAAUCAUAUUCCUCUAGCAAAGUUGCUAGUGUAAACGCGGCCCUUACCACCCCUCCCCAGCAAGCGGCUGUUCCUACUCCACAGUCAUCUAAAGCUAGCCAACUCCAGCCCCUAAUCUCUGCUAUGCCUGCAUCCAGUACUGUGAAGGUGAUACCACCCCAGACCCUUUCUUUGAAGUAUUGUAUACCCCAGGCCCCCCAGCUUGCACUCUCAAACCCCCUGCUCCAGUCUCAGUUACACUACUUGAAGCCCGUGGCCCUUAUUAAAGGAGCCUAUUCUAAAACCACUACAGAUGCCCACAGGUCCACCUUAAUUGCUCCUAUACCCCAAACACCUAUCCCCGACACUACUACUGUACCCAAGAGAACUUUAAACCCCAAUGCUGCUGCUGUUUGUGUACAGAAACCUACCCCUGCUGCUCCUCUGAAGGUGGCUACUAAUCUCCAGAAGGGAGUAGUUGCUCUGCCCCAGCCUAGGGUGCCUGAGCUACCUACCAUCACUCCUGUGUCUACCCCAGCCAAGCCCUCCAACGCCCAGGCCUUCAAACCUCCAGUGAGGUGUUCUCCAGCCCAGGAGGCCCCCAAAGCCAAGAGUCCUACUCAGGAGCUGAUGGAGGCUUUCACCAUUGAAAUCGGUAUUGAAGCUGCAGACCUCACCAGCCUGCUGGAGCAGUUUGAAGAGACACAAGCAAAAGAGGAGCAGUGUGUUCCGGAGGUCUCUGGUAGAGCAGCCGCUGUAGGAAACUCUAGUAUGGCGCCGCCAUGUGAUAGGACCCCUGUGGAGAGAGUCCGAGCGCACGACCUGACAGGCACUGCAGGUCUGACUCCUCCAGCUACCCCUCCUCACCAGAUGUGGAUGCCCCUCGUCCCAGUUGCCCUCCUUGGUAAGAGUCGAGCCACUGAGGCCCCCAAAUCAUCGCCCUCAAAGGCAAUGCAGAUUGACGCACGGCCCCUGCCCUCCAACAAGCUUCAGAGCAAGCCCCCCAGCCCCCCUAUAACUCCCACCCCCAAUCCAGUGUCUCUCACCCUGGCCUUCUCAGACCACGACUACUCCCUCCUUCAGAAGGAACCCAUGGCUAUUGCAAGAGAAUCAGGCAGGCGCUGGAAUGUCAAACAGCAAGCAGCCAUCACCAUCGAGCCACUUGGCAGCAACACUACCUGGGUACCCCAGAGGAUCCCUGCCCCCUCCCUCCAAACCCUCACAACUGCCCUGGGUACGAAGAACCAUCAGGCCCCCCUAGGUCCCCAGCCUCUGGAUGUAAAGACUGACAGGACUAGCUCUGUGCUGGAGACCCCUGAUGCCUCUCCCACCAGGCUGAUGGACCAGGCUGGUCCCCUGGAGAGGAGUCCCAAGGCAGGGAGGUCUUACCGGGGCUACAAUAAUACCUUCUCCCCCAGGCCUAGCCCAAGCCCCAGGGAAGGAAAGCGAGGAAGGAGGAGGAAAAGGAGAAUCCACCGUUCCUCCAGCCCUGGCUUUACUGACUCUGAGUCGGACUCCUCUUCUCAGUCUAGAUCUCGCUCUCUACCCAGGAAGAGGUACAGGCCCCGUCACUCUGAUAGCAGCUUCAGUGCCUCAUCUUGCUCCUCUUCUCGUUCCUCCUCUCCUUCCCUGGACUGCUUUCCAAGGCGGCGGCGAUAUUCCUACUCAUCUUCCCGAUCAAGAUCAUGGAGUAGGUCCCGUUCCCGCUCUCCCCACAGACGGGCGUGGAGUAGAUGCAGCAGACAACGCAGCCCGUUUUUCAGACCAGGCUACCGGCCUGAAUCUAGAGAAAACAGUGAGGUGGUGAAGAGACUCAAAGAUAAAGCCAUUGAGGAGCGUAGGGUUGUUUACGUAGGGCGAAUCCGAGAGACAAUGACUCAUAAAGAGCUGAAGGAACGCUUCUCUCUGUACGGAGAGAUUGAGGAGUGCACUUUACAUUUCAGAGGCCAUGGGGAUAACUAUGGGUUUGUGACCUACUACGAUGCGAAGGAUGCAUUCACGGCCAUCGAGAACGGCAGCAAGCUCCGUAAGCCUGACGAACUCCCCUUUGACCUUUGCUUCGGAGGAAGGAGACAGUUCUGCAAAACGAGCUAUGCUGAUCUAGAUUCUAACCGCGAGUAUGACCCGUCGGCCUCCGUGACUGGCAAGUUUGAUGCCCUUGACUUUGACACUUUACUGAAGCAGGCCCAGAAGAGUCUAAAGAGGUAACCGAGGUCAGCCCACUGGGGGCGCCACACUAAGACUUACCUCAGAGCCGUUGGCAGGCUCCUCCCACUAUCAUCGUUGGCUUUGCCUUGACCGAGGGGUGGACCACAACGCACGGUCGAUACAUUAGCCAGCUAACAUUAAUUUACAUGCAGAGAGAGCUCUUUUCUGGUUCAUACAAGACAGUUUAAAGCUGCAAUCAGAAAUUAUAGAGGAAUGGAACCUUUACAUCUUGGUUUAAGGCAUAGAAGGUGAUUUCACCAAUUUGUAAGUCGCUCUGGAUAAGAGCGUCUGCUAAAUGACUUAAAUGUAAAUGUAAAUGUAAUUGUACGAAGCUAAUAAGGCAUAGUUCUAUUCAAGAAUCAAAUGUAAUCAAUGUCAUUGAUUGAAGCAAUAUAUCAGAAUCAUUAUUUGGAAAUGGUUGAAUUGAGGAAGUCUGCCUUUUUAAUAUGGGUUGUUUAAGUAUGAAAUCAUUCAUGCCAUGUUCAUUUCAAGCCUGUCUAUCUUUGAACUCUGAAAUGCUAUUUCUGAAUGUUUUGACAUGUUAGCUAUAUAACACAUUUUCCUGCUUUGUGAUAUACAGUGCAUUCGGAAAGUAUUCAGACCCUUUGACUUUUUCCACAUUUUGUUAUCUUACAACCUUAUUCUAAAAUGGGUUAAUAAAACUUCUCCCCCUCAUCAAUCUACACACAAUAACCCAUAAUGACAAAGCAAAAUCCGUUUUGAAAAUUUUGCAAAUUUAUUAAAAAUAAACUGAAGUAUUCAGACCUUUUACUCAGCACUUUGUUUAAGCACAUUUGGCAGUGGUUACAGCCUCGAGUCUAAUUGGGUGUGACUCUGUAAGCUUGGCACACCUGUAUUUGGGGAGUUUCUCCCAUUCUUCUUUGCAGAUCUGGACUCUGGCUGGGCCACUCAGGGACAUUCAGAGACUUGUCCUGAAGCCACUCCUUCAUUGUGUACUUAGGGUCGUUGUCCUUUUGGAAGGUGAACCUUCGUCCCAGUCUGAGGUCCUGAGCUCCAUGGAGCAGGUUUUCAUCAAGGAUCUCUUGUACUUUGCUCCGUUCAUCUUUCCCUCAAUCCUGACUAGUCUCCCAGUCCUAAACAUCCUCACAGCAUGAUGCUGCCACCAUUCUUCACCUUAGGGAUGGUGCCAGGUUUCUUCCAGACAUGACGCUUGUCAUUCAGGCCAAAGAUCUUGGUUUCAUCAGAGCAGAGAAUCGUGUUUCUCAUGGUCUGAGAGUCCUGUAGGUGUCUUUUUGCAAACGCCAAGCGGGCUGUCGUGCCUUUUACUAAGGAGUGGCUUCCGUCUGGCCACUUUACCAUAAAGGCCUGAUUGGUGAAGUGCUGCGGAGAUGGUUGUCCAUCUGGAAGGUUUUGCUAUCCAUAGAGGAACAUUUGAGCUCUGGUUCUUGGUCUCCUCCCUGGCCAUAGCCCUUACGCCCCGAUUGCUCAGUUUGGCCGGGCGACUGGUGGUUCCAAACUUCUUCCAUUUAACAAUGAUGAUGGCCACUGUGUUCUUGGGGGCCUUGAAUAGUGUCGACUUUUUUUGGUACACUUCCCCAGAUCUGUGCCCCAGCUCUACGGACAAUUCCUUUGACCUCAUGGCUUAGUUUUUUCCUCUGACAUGCACGGUCAACUGUGGGACCUAAUAUAGGUGUGUGUGUGUGCUUUCCAAAUCCUGUCCAAUCAAUUUAAUUUACCACAUGUGGACUCCAAUCCCAGUUGUAGAAACGGCUCAAGGAAGAUCAAUGAAAACAGGAUGCACCUGAGCUCAAUUGAGUCUCAUAGCAAAGGGUCUGAAUACUUAUGUAAUUAAGGUAUCUGUUAAUACUUUGGCAAAAAUGUCUAAACCUGUUUUGCUUUGUCAUUAUGGGGUGUUGAUUUGAUGAGAAAAUAAUUUAACCAUUUUAUUAGACUAAUGUGGAAAAAGUUAAGUGGUCUGAAUACUUUCCGAAUGCACUGUAGCUACCAGUCUUUGUUUUGGUUGUUUCUUUUGUUUUUGCAAGCUUACACCUUCUAUUGAAGUGAAGAUUUGUAUGAAAAGAUUAAAAGCAACAAAAAAAAUAAAGGAAAUGAGAAACUAUGA